GUGUCACGGUUGCGGGGCUCGUAUUUAACAUUAGUAUAAGAGUAUACAUCUCGUCAAUGUAACACAUGAGGAUUAUUAUCACAAUAUAGAAAAGUCUUAACACCAUGGUAUACAGCACAUCUGUCGUUCUCGUUUCACUAGCUUUGCUAAGUUCAUCCAUCAUUCUCAUAAGGAUAUGGCAUCAUCAUACCAAGAGGCAAAUUGAUCAGUUGUCUCAUGAAAAUAAUAACAAAAUUUACCAACUUGGGCCUGAUGUCAAACCUCUCGAAAAGUUCGAUUGGCAGACAGCAGAGCCACAUAAGUUUCGGCCAUUCAAGCCGAUCUAUCACAUAACGAUGGCACUCAAGUCAACAUCUCCGUCAGAUCUCAUAAUUAUCGAUCGUAAUUAUUUGUCGCGUAUACAAGAGCGACGAGUCACAAUGACCAAACAUCAAAACCACACGCUAGGCUGUCUGCCUUCUGGUAUUCCGGCCGUGAAGGAGGCAUAUUCAUAUCUUCUAGAGUACCUCUUAACCAGAUAUCCAACGCUCUUCGAACGGGAUGAAAAACUCUUCCGUAAUCGAGUUACUGGUGUUUCCCUUCCGUUUCUGCCCCCUGAUGACCCGGUAAUUGCGCUGCGGAGCCUUGGUGAAACCGUUGAAGAUGAUAUGUUCUUUCUACGAGAGACACCAAAUGGGCAUGAAUGUGUUGGCUUCGUAUGCUGUUGCCCAAGUGGCUUCGAUCCGGCCAGCAAGAUGGGAAAGCUACUGAAGGAUAUACAUGAACCAGUUCCGUCGUACGAAAAGAUCGGUCCGAGUAUGGAAAGAUAUUUUAGCCGUUUGAAAGUUGGUAAAAGCGUAUGCCGGGUUAAUUGGUCAAUAACAACUAAUCCUGGGUUAUUCAAUGUUUCCGGCAAUCACGUCAAUGAGGGGGACCAAGUUGAAGAAGAUAUUGAAGUAGAUAUCGAACAAACUCGGGUAAGAAUGGAGUUACAAACGUUGACGCGGAUGCCCAAGACGCGAGCGAUACUUUUCUCCUUUAAGACGUAUUUGUACCCUAUCAAAGAGAUCAAGGAAGAGGGACUCGGACCAGAUCUUGCUGAUGCUAUCGAUGGACUGAAGAAUGGUAAUGCUCCAAAAAUGUGGGUUUACAAAGGAGGGAUACGUUGGGGGAGGAGUGUCUCUGAAUAUUUGAGAUCGUAAUCUUUGACGUUAUGGUCUCGUAUAGUUAAGUGAAUUCUGGUACUUUGUUAUAGGUCACAAGUGUUUGUAUGUGAGCUAGAAAAGAAGAAUAGGGGUGGCCAUGUGAGAUACAUGUACCUUUAGGAGGUACCUAGGUACAUAACCUAAUGCUAGCAGCAUGGUUAGGUUGAUGUAAGCAAGAUCAAUAGGUCCUGUACGGAAUACCUAGGCUGAAGGCCUGAAGGCUGACGGGCAAUAUCGAUAAGGUUAGGUACGGUAUUUAAGGGGACGCUAGGGCCGCUAAUACCCCCGUGGUUUCCUUUGCCCUGCUUGCGGA